GCCACGUGCCAUUCCCACCAAUGAGGCGCGUUGGGCUGGCUUUCGUUCUCCAUCCGGGAGCCAGCCCCCCGUAGUCUCCAUUCGGCAGCUGUCUGCUCACCGGUACAGAAGUCCGUGCUUCCGUUGCUGUGCUCCGUUCAGUGGCCGCUGUUGCUUCUGUGCAUUACCUACUGAUGAUCGCCUGCUGGCUCACUGUGUACCUCCAGCAUGCUGCUCCAACCACUCAUUAAUGAAGCGCACGAGCGUUGCCUGCCUACGCCCCCUCUGACUCCAGAAUCCAGUCUGUGCGGAUCAAGCGCUGCAUCCAUGAGCCCCAUCGCACAUACGUUCGGCCCGUGCCGCAGCCCAGACACCUCCCUCCCAGUCCUGAUGCCCGUACCCAUCCUUCCGAUUCAUCAGGCCCCUCACGGGACGUCAUUCACGCCGUACCUACCGCCGUACGUGCCCCGCCACGCAGCCAGCCUUCCGACGCCCCAGCCCCUGCCGGCAGCCGUGGCUCCAAUUUCGGCGAGGCCGCGCAAGAAGUUCGACUUCUCGAGGCUCGCCGAGUCCGCUACGGAACCGGACGAUGCUCCGCAGGGUCCACAGACCUCGGCGUUUAUCAGCAGCGCGUAUUCCUCCUACGUCAUGAGUCAGCUUUACCAGAGACAAGAAGGACAGGAAGACGGCAGACAGCGUCUGGGCAUCAUGGCGUCCUCCAGGCAACCAGUGCCGUCGUCUGCUUUGAGGCCUGCUCGCUACCGCGCCCCGUCGCGGCCAAAGAAGGAGUUUGUGUGCAAGUUCUGUCAAAGAAGGUUUACCAAGUCUUACAACCUGCUGAUCCACGAAAGGACGCACACGGAUGAGAGACCUUAUACGUGUGACAUCUGCCACAAGGCGUUUCGAAGGCAAGAUCACCUCAGGGAUCACAGAUACAUCCACUCCAAAGAGAAGCCCUUCAAGUGCAGCGAGUGCGGCAAGGGCUUCUGCCAGUCAAGGACCCUAGCCGUCCACCGGAUCCUCCACCUGGACGACUCCCCCCACAAGUGUCCCACCUGCGGUCGAUCCUUCAACCAGAGGUCCAACCUCAAGACCCAUCUCCUUACGCAUACAGACAUCAAGCCUUACAACUGUCCCGCUUGCGGGAAGGUCUUCAGGAGGAACUGCGACCUGAGGCGUCACGCCCUGACGCACGGGAUCCGAACGCCGGACACGGACUCGGAUGACAACGCGGACUCGCAGUUGUGAACCGUCGCGUGACCGUGUUGUGACGUUUUCCGUUUUUUUUUUGUUUUUUUUUGUGAAGAAACUGGUCAAGUUUGACGUACUCGUUAAACUGUAUAUUGUAUCAUGUUUGUAAGUGUUUGUGAAGCAGUGUUCAUCUGCGGUUGUCGUAAGAUUAAGGAGACUGCGCUCGGAACAAUGCGUAAAAAUUAUUUUUGUUGGUGCAGCGUUGGAAAAGCUCGUGUGAACUCAAGUUGGAUGAAAUGUUUUUCGAAUCACUCAUUAAAUAUUGUUUUUAGUUAUCGUUUGCUCAAUGUAAAUAUUCUGCCAUUUAAAAUAGAAGUUGGGAUAACGAGAUAGAUAAGGUAAAAGUAAGCUUAUCUUCUCAUGACCAGGACUGACAUAACAAGGGAGCUGUUAUCAACACAAAAGCUUUGCGUCAAUGACUGUGCAUUGCCUUGGACCCUGUUUUUUCUUUAGCAAUAUUCUGUCAAAGUUAGUUUUCUCAUAUUUAUAACAUUGCUGUAUCCAUAGCAACCAAUCACACAUACUGUUAUCAUACGCAGCAGGAACAAAAUCAAACCCAUCAUCAGCUGUCAUCAUCAAGUGCUUCUGUUUAAUGACAAUUUGUGAAUGCUGAGAUUGUGUUGAGGCCAUUGUAUUGCUGUGCCAAACUUGACGCAUGUUUCCUUGUCGCAUUCAAGGCAGCUGGAGCCAAAGAUCCAACCAUGGUUGUACAUGAUGGAGAAAAUUAUGUAAUAAAUGUGUACAGUGCCA